AUGCAACUUACACACUAUAUACCGCCGCUGAAUUUCUCACCCGUGAUAGCCGCGGAUGUGUCGCUAUACCGAUCCGGCUACCCUAUGCCGAUAAACUAUUCGUUCAUUAGGGACCAGUUGAAUUUGCAGACGAUAAUAUACGUUGGGGAUAAGACGGACCUUUCGGAGGAGUACGUUACAUUUUUGCGGGAACAAGGGAUCCGGUUCCACCGGAUAGAGAUGGAGUCGUGUCGGGAGGAGCACAUCCAGGAACGAAUAGAGGAGGUGUUGAAGUUGGUGUUGAACGUGAACAAUUUCCCGAUCUUGAUACACUCGAAUAAGGGGAAGCACAGGGUGGGUGUCAUUGUUGGUAUAAUUAGGAAGCUGUUGCAAGGGUGGUCCAUCUCUGGUAUAUAUCAGGAGUAUGGGUUGUUUUCUGGCGGGAUGAAGGACGAGGUGGAUUUGGAGUUUAUCACCAUGUUUGAAACUGACAUUGCUGUUGAGAAGGAUAAACUGCCUCGUUUUGCUAAAAUAUACAAACCCAUUAGAGGUGAUUAG